UGUACUGCAGCUGUCAUGAUGCUCCCGGGUUGGUUAAAAAAGCCUUUCUCAGUUUCGUGUCCUCCGCUUAAAACCAAAAAUUUAAUGCAAAAAACCUAAAAAUAAUCCGAAAAGUGCAAACUGCUGCCGCCGGAAACUUUCUCUAAUUAUGCAGAACAACACGAAGAAAGCCAGCGUAACCGAAAUCCUGAGCAAUGUGCUGGACGUUUGCCACGGCGAAGGUCUCCUCGCCCCGGACGGAACGGUGGACUCCGAUGUCGUCUUCCGUCGGUUUACCGCCGAAGUCUUCCGGCAGUAUCGCCAGGAUGUGCGGCUUCGGGAGUUCCAAGCGCUGAUGGGUCGGUCCAGCUUCGUGACGGAAGCUAUUCCAGACCAAAAACAGUACCGGAUCAAUGUGGAGAAGGUUUUAGCCGAACGGAAAAAGAAGGAACCUGUUGCGGAGAAGAAGGAAGCAGCUGAGAAAGAAGCAGGAAAUAGUAACCAGGAGAGGAAACCUUUCAACAUGAAUCCCUUCCUGUCCAGCCUUGAAGACUGUUGCUUAAUUGAUGAUGAGACGUACCUGGAAAAGAUUUCAACGGGUGUUGAAAUGACCUAUGCCAUCACCGUCAGUCGUCCGAUGGAUCCGGGCCACUCAGCGCAAGGCUACAGCUGCCUAAUUUGCCGGGAGAACUUCCGAAGCGCCAUGGGCUACCUACAUCACAUUUCAACCCAUGGUCAGACACUGACCAUUCAGGAAAGUGCCAUUCUUCGACGGACGAAAAGUGCCCUCAAUGUGACGCUUCUCUACGACGAGUACCAGCUGAUGUCCACCUUGAAGCUGGCCAAUCCGGAGGGCAAUCAAGUAAUCGUCAACGGAGUCUACAUCUACCACAAGCAGUUUGAGCUGUUUCCGAUUGAUUUGCAAGAAAUCGUGUUGGAACCCGGAGAGUCUCGGGGGUUUUUGAUCCAGAACCGCUUGCUGGUGAAGUCACCGGACAAGUAUUCGCUGCUGAUUACGUACCGUCGCGGCGGAGACCAGUGGGAUCUGCUUGAGCAGCAUUAUCUGCGAGUUUACGAGGUCAAAGAUUUUUCUCGGAACCAAGAAAGGUAUAAUGAGGAUGUCAUCACCCCUGGUUAUCUCGGCAAAUAUCUACCUCCGAAGGAUCUCUGCACGUUGGCUGCAAAUAAUUUCGAGGUCGUUUCGUCCUACACGCCUGCGGAGAAGAAGUUACAUGACGAUAUUCGGGCAUACUAUCACGCUGAUCCUAAAACGCGACUGAACGCAUCCAACUACUGCCAAACCCUGGAGCUGCUGACCCACAUCCAGGAUCUCAAAAUCCAAUGCGACCUGGCCCAGUACCGAGCGGAGGAUGCCACGAUCACCCCAACGCAAAUGCAACGAUUGUAUCGUAUCGAUACGGCGCACUUUACCUCACUUCCGGUGAAUCUCGCUGAGGGUGACAUCGUUCAGCUGACCAUCGAUCGCUCUGGCGACAGUAGAAAAGUACAGGGCACGAUAGCCCAAAUCCUGUACGAUCACAUCGUGGUUGAACUAGACGGUCGGGUUCAGGCCGACUGCCGCUAUAAGUUCGAAUUACAGGCCAAUCGGCUCGUGUGUCGCUUGGAACUAAAUGCUCUGGACAUCGUGCGGCGGCAUGAGCUGGCCCCACUGUUCUUUCCCAGCGAAGCCCCCAAAAAGCGAGCAUGGAGGAAGGUCGAAAUGAUCACAGCCUGGGUCAACUGCAGCAUGGCGGACAACGUGGAGCAGCAGACGGCCGUCAGGAACAUCUUGAAUCGUGUGUCGGAUCCCUUGCCGUACAUUGUAUUUGGCCCCCCGGGAACCGGCAAGACCACCACUAUUGUAGAAGCCAUCGUCCAAAUCUGCAGCCACCAUCCGACGGCCCGCAUCCUAGUGGCAGCCCAAUCCAAUGCCGCGUGCGAUGAAGUGGCUAUCCGGCUGAUGAAGCACCUUGCCCCGAAGAUGCUGUUCAGAAUCUAUUCUCGUUCCGCCGGGAAGCGGCUGGGCGAAAUCCCCGAGAAUCUGCAGCAGAUCUCGAACCUCGCUGGUGGAACACAUCGUUGGCCAACGUGGGAAGAAGUGUACAAAACCAAAAUACUGAUCUGCAGCCUCUCCAUCUGCGGACGUUUGGUCCAGAGCAGAAUCCGAAGCAAUCAUUUCAGGUACGUGUUCAUUGACGAAUGUGGAAGUGCAUCCGAACCGGCAGCUCUGACAGCUCUGGCUGGGAUGGUCAGUUCUAGAGGAAGGCUAAAUGCAAGCGUUGUCUUGGCCGGAGAUCCAUAUCAACUGGGUCCGGUGAUUCGUAGUGAACUAGCUGCCAAAAUGGGACUGGGCAUGUCCAUGCUAGAGCGCUUGAUGAACCUCCCUGUGUAUCAGAAGGACCCUAUUACAAAACUGUACAACACCCAACUGAUAACGAAACUGGUAAAGAAUUACCGUUCACAUGAAGCGUUGAUCAAGUUCUCCAACGAGCAAUUCUACGACGGCGAAUUGCAAUGUUUAGCUUCCAGUCAAGUCUCUUUAGCGGAAAACUGGCGUUGGCUUCCGAACAAAACGUUUCCGAUCAUAUUACAUACGGUGUUCGGAUCGAAUAAACGGUCCCAGAAGAGCAAAAGCUUCAUGAAUCAAACCGAGAUCGAUACGGUUGAGUUCUAUCUAGACUUCCUCCUGAAGACGGGCAUCAACGAUCGGAAAAUCGCCCAAGAGGAUAUCGGAAUAAUAUCGCCCUACCAGCUGCAGGUUCAGCGAUUGAAGCAAAUGUGCCAGGACAAGCAGUGGCCAUCCUUGGAGAUUGGAUCCGUCGAACAGUUCCAGGGUCGGGAGAAGCUUGUGAUCAUCCUUUCAACAGCCCGGUCCCAUACUCCGGACGUGGGUUUUCUGAAUAACGUAAAGCGUCUGAAUGUGGCGCUGACGAGGGCCAAAGCCCUGCUCAUAGUCAUCGGCAAUAGUAAUACGCUGCAAACGGAUCCUAAUUGGUACGAGUUUAUCAAGUAUUGCACCACGAAGGAGGCCAUCGUCGGCAGAUGCUUUGGAUUGGACGCCAAGCGAAUCGUGGAACGGACAAAUCGAGAUGCCCGGUUUGAUGCUCUGUUCAAUGUUCUGGUCUGAAUCUAUAUCGUUGUGUUGUCAAGUUUAAAUGUGAAUUGGGCGCUCUUUGUAUGUUCCUUUUUAAAUUUCGCGCUGUUCUACGUACCUAUUCAAUUAUCCUUUUUUGUUAAAACAGAUAUUUUUCAUAGAUUGAAACCGUUGAUGUUUAAAAAAUGCUUUAAUGCAUUCAAACAAUCGUAUGAUUAUAUCAAAUGACAAUAUAACGAAUUGAUGCUACUAAAAUCAAUAGUCAUGUAGACAAAUAAAUUUUUAAAAGAGCCCAAUAUCAAAUGUUAAACCGUUA